AUGACUGACUCCAAGAAUGUUCCAUCAGAUCCUCCGACGGAUCCGGUUUCUGCUUGCGGUUUGUUUCUUUUAUCUGAUAAAUAAUAUUCUUAGUAAAAGAAGGAAUUCAGACCCCAGAAGAAGUCCCGGCUCCAGAUUUUAUUGAAGUUUCCGAUUCUUUCUUGUUGUUCCUCAGAUAUACAAAGGCCGUGAGUGAGAGAGUAUGGCUAGUGAUUGGCUGUUUCAUCGGUCUAAUUGUCAUCUUCGCUCUAACUCAGGGUUCAGACGACCCGAAACUGAGGUUAGCGAAGACGAUGAGUCGUUUCUGAUGACAAUAUUUAGAUGGAUUUCUCGAGCGAUCUUACUGUUCUUGAUUGCACUUAUCGCCGCGUCCCUUUCCGUCCCUCUUAUUCUACUUAGUCCCAGGAGUACACGGUAUAUUGUAUUCCAAAAUUUCAGUAAGUUUAUUGUCUCCAAUAUCACGAUUGUUUAGUCCGCAAACCCCCAGUUCAUUUUGAAGAUGUGGCCAAAUUUGGAGUUCGAUCAAUGGCCAGGAACUUUUACAUUUCCUCCCCAUGUCCGCAUAGUGCGACCUCUCCGAUCCUUGGAUUAUGGCAUAUUUUGCCUGAGGCAUUAAAUGAAAAGUUCAAAAAAUUGGGGGUAAAGACAGCGGAAAUGUUUGAAUUUGCGGAUGAUUCUUAUCCAGUAGUCGUCUACUAUCACGGAACCAAUGAACAUCGGGCCAAAACCCAUCGUUGUAUGACCUACAACUUCCUGAGCGACAUGAAUUUCCAUGUAAUUGUGGGCGAUUACCGGGGAUAUGGGGAUUCGACUGGAUUUGUGACGGAAAAAGGAGUAAUUAGAGAUGCCAUCAACAUCUAUUUGUACGUCCAUGAGAAGUGCAAUCAGAAUCCGAAAAAGAAAAUCGUUGUCUGGGGACAUUCUUUGGGUAAAAACCUACUUUUUUUGAAUAUUUGGCUACCCUUCAUAGGGCAGAUUUUAUUUAGGGCAGAUCAGGUAUCGGGCCAAUAUUUGUAUCCAAUGUUGCAAAAUUGGUUGACUAGCCAGCCAAGGGAUUCACUCCCUGUUCACACCGGAGGAUAGGUGGCUCACGACCAAGCUCGCGACCUAGGUCAUGACCGAGGUCUUGGAGGUUGCCUAAAAUUACCCGAAAACGGUCUGAAUGCUUGACUAUGAUGUUCAAGACACUCUCUCUAGGUCAGUUCGUCACCAAGCUCACAACCUAGCUCGUGACCAUAGUCAGUUUAAUCGUGACCUGACCUAACUGAAGUGCGAAAACCGUCUGGAGCAACUAGUAACAUUGUUUUCAGAGGACUUUGGACAUUAAUCGUGACCUUUUCUUUCAUCAUCAGCUUGGUGACGACCUGACUUAAAGAAAGUGUCUUGACCAUCAUAGUCAAGAAUUGAGACCAUUUUCGGGUAAUUUUAGGCAACCUUCUUGACCUUGGUCACGACCUAGGUCGCGAGCUUGGUCAUGAGCUACCUAUCGUCCGGUGUGAACACGGAGUAACCCCCCUGGCUAGUGAACCAAUUUUGCAACGUUGGAUAUAAAUAUUGGCCCGAUACCCGAUCUUCCCCAUAUGAAAAGCCCCAAAUGAAAUCUGCCCCAAAUGAAAGGUUGCGGAAUAUUUGGUAAUAAAAAUAUGGCUUUCCUAGGUACUGGAAUCUCGUGUAUGUUCGUGAAUCAACUGAACAAGAUGAAUCUGAAGCCCUAUUCUCUGAUCCUGGAGUCCCCUUUCUCGGCCUUGCACGAUGUUUUUCUCUCCCAAAAGAUCCUCAAGAUAUUUUUGUGGAUCCCUUACUUCCGGGAAUACCUCGCUUUCUGUCUACAGUAUGCCGACAUCUCCAUGGAUAACCAUAAACAUAUUACUGAGUGGGUUUCCUUUUCUUUCAUCAUCAUUUUAGUAUCCAAUGCCCCAUUCUGAUGCUGCAUGCGAAUGAUGAUCCCGUGGUUCCGAUUGAAUUGGGAAAGAAGCUCUUCGACCACGUGAAACACGCGAAUAAUCUGGUCGAGAUCAAGACUUUUGACGCCAAACUCCAGCUCAGACACAAUCACAUGUACAGAGCCCCUGAUUUGACCCAGGUUAUUCGGUAAGGGAUCCUUACAUUGUCAGUUAAAUUUUAGGGAUUUCCUCCAAAAAGUGGAUCAGAAUCAAGUUUAG